AUGUUUUCCAUUGCCAAUCCCGAUGAAGUUCAUUGCAAAUGCACAAGAUGCAAUUGCAAUCCUCUUGGAUACACCAUAACAGAUAAAAGAACUGCCAAGCGUCAUGCCCAGAAUGAUAAUGACAGGAAUAUAGAUAAAACCAUUAAUGAACAAAUAGUUUUGACAGCCGAAGUAAACACUGGUGAAGCUGAUAUGGACGUAGAUCAAAUUGAAGAACAUAUUGAAUAUGAUAAUUACUCUGAUGGUGCACCCUCACCAGAGCAGUAUGUCAAUACCCACUUACCUCUUUUGGUGGAAGAAUCUCUUUUUGAAACAGAGGAGUAUACCUCAGAGUAUGAGUCUGAAUAUGAGUCGUCGGAUGAAUUUGAGCAAGAAGAACAGAACAGAGAGCAAGAACAGGAGUCUACAGAAAACCUUCCAGAGAAUAUUUGGCAUCAAGUAAUUGCGGUUUUCACUGUGAUAUUUAUUUCUAGCUUCAUUGUGGAUGAAGGCGCAGUAAUUUUGAUUACAUUCAUAAAUACAAUCCUUGGACAUUAUGGAGAGGAUUUCCGACUUCCCACAAGCAUUCCGGGUUUGAGGAAAAUGACAGGCACUGGAAAAAUAAGGACAAUUAACAUAUUGUCCAGGUAG